AUUGUUCCUGUCCUGUAGGAUUGAUAAGAAUGCUUCAUUAAAAGGAACAAUUAGGUAUUUGGGAAAUUUCACUGCGUGGCCGUCGUUUGCUCUACAAAUACAAUCAUGUCAGAGUUGAUGUGGCUUCUUGUAAAAGGUCACAAUGCCUUUCAAAUAAGGAGAAAAGGGGUUACAUUGUCAACGGAGAAAGGCAACUUGAAGGGCAUCAACUCUUUCAAGUAUUCUGGUCUUGCUCAAUCGAAGGCCGUAGACAUUCAGCCUGCAACCGAAACUUCUGGUAUCGCUUACUCAAAGAAACGAACUAAGAAGGAUGCUAUUGGAAAACCUUCGAAGAUGUUUCAUACCAAAACUUUGAAAAAGGGAUUCCCUCGCUGCACAAGGGUAGUUUUGAAGGAGCUCUCAACAUACCGACCAGACCUCAAAAGGAUCGCAAUAGCAAGAGUUUCCAAAAUUAUGGCGAUUCAGAAAAUGAAGAGAUUGGGAAAGAAGAGAAAGGUUAAGUUAGGACGAUAUUCGCGUUCGAAAAAGUAAAAGGAAAUAGUUUGUUACAACGUCGACGGAAGACGUUAAAAUUCACUUUCGGAAGUAAAGUAUCCUUUGAUUCUUAAUUUUUGUUGUUAG